GAAAUUGUCCCUUUUGUGACCAGUAGGGGGCCGCAACGUGGCUUUGUGGCGUUGAGUCGCACACAGAGGAAGUGGAAGACGCGGCCUUGGGGAGUCGCUCGAAGCGCCAUUUCACUCUUCAUUCAUUGGCGUCGAUUCUUUUUACUUGUACAGUGGAUCCACAGAGCGCCUGUAGUCAUGGUGAAAAUCUUUAUCGGCAAUUUGGCCUGCAACACCAGCGUCGAGGAGCUGCGGGGCCUCUUUGAGAAGUACGGCAAGGUCACAGAAUGCGACAUAGUCAAGAACUUUGGCUUUGUGCACAUGAGCCUCCUGUCCGAGGCCGAGGAGGCCAUCCGGAACCUCAACCAGCACCAGCUGAACGGCUGGCGCAUGAACGUGGAGCUGAGCAAGGGCAGGCCCAAGUCUAGCACCAAGCUGCACGUGGGCAACCUCGGCGAAGGGGUGACGGCGGACAUUUUGCAGGCUAAAUUUGAAGAGUUUGGCUCGGUUGUGGAAUGUGACGUAGUGAAGGACUAUGCCUUUGUUCACAUGGAACGAAUGGAGGAUGCCAUGGAUGCCAUUAAUAAGAUGGACAACACUGCCUUCAAAGGCAAACUGAUGAGCGUACAACUGUCCACCAGUCGGCUGCGCACGGCCCCGGGAAUGGGAGAUCAUACCGGCUGCUUUGUCUGCGGGAAACAUGGUCACUGGUCGAAAGACUGUCCAGUCGAUCGCAACAAUAGCCACGGUGACGACAUGAGAGGUUUCGGCGGCCGGGGCCCCCCACGCGGUCCCCCAGGUUUUGGCAGGGGCGGCUACGGAAUGGCCGGCGCACCCCCUAAUUUCAUGGCUGGCGCGUUUAAUCGGGCUAGUUAUGGCGGCGGAAUGCCGCCGCCGCCGCCGCCCCCCCCUCCUCGGAGGCCCGGCUCUGAGGUGGGGGAUCGGUAUGGUGAGAGGUCUUCAGUUUACGACCGAGACCGGGUGCACACUAGUGUUGAUUACUAUGAGAAGUACAGACCUCGCCCUUACGGCUCGAGUUAUUUCGAGGAGCGCCGCAUGUCCUAUCUGCCCCCUCCCCCUCCGCCCCCACCCCCUUCCGCCCUCUCGAAGUUCUCGGGCAUGGACCCGUACGAGCGGCAUCCGCCGCCAGCCGCGGCGGCCCCCGCUUCCGCUGCCGCUUACUAUGCGAGAGAGCACAACCCAAUCGGCCGGGUACCCGUCACGGCGGCGGGCUACGCGUAUGAGCGCAAGCGGCUAUCGCCCGUCCCCGCCGCCAGGGGGGGCUACAUGCCACGCUACGCGCCGUAUUAAAAGCACACGGUCUUGGACUGAGCAUCAUUUUGUCAAGCUUCCAGACUACGUGGUGCCACGUUCAGCUUUUUUUUUUUCCCCCUCUCCAUCAUGUCACAUUUACGUCUCAGUUUUGAUUUUUUUUUGUUUGUUUUAAUAUGUACUUUGGUUGCUUGUUUUGCGAGAUUUUCAGCUCGAAUUUUAGAAUUUUUUUUUUUUGGUUGCUGUAAACCUUUUCACUUGUUCACACGUCAAUGUGAGAUUUCUUCAUGCAUCACUUGUCAUCUAAAAAGUUGGCUUCUAUCCGACAACGUUUGUAUGUGAAUGCGGCGGAAGAGCCCACAAUUUAAUGUAGUCAUUUAUUUCAUGUAUCACUGAGUUUGUUUGCUUACUAAAAGCAGUUACGGAUGUUCAACUCAUCUGCUCGUGCUUUAUUACGCGUUUAUCCCAAAUUGUUUUUCAGUGAAGUCAUUUGCGUCCUGUCACAAAGUUCUUGUUUUCAUGCUGGAUCGAAAAGCCACGCUAAAACUAUCCCACUUUCUCGAAUAGCAGUGAUGACAAAUUAUGCUUAUAAAAACAUUCCGACCUCCCGUUUAUGACUACAUUGUGUGUAUGAAAGUAAAACAUUUUUAUAUCACUUUUUUGCCUUUCUGAAGUGACAGUUCUUUGAAAUAAAGUGUCGGAGUGAUGGCAAGGCAUGGAAUGUCA